AGUUCGCGCCGCGCCUGGGCUUGGAGCGCAGCAGCGCCGGCUCCGGGAGCCCGAGCGGAGGCAGCCGCGCGCACAGCCAGCGGCCGCGCCGGCGAUGCGGGGCCUCCCCGCGCCCGCCCCAGUCCCGGCCCCGGCCCCCGCGGGAAGGGGCUGAGCUGCCCGCCGCCGCCCGGAUGGCGAUCCUCGCCCCGCUCGCCCUCAGCCUGCUCCUGAGGCUGCAGCUGCCGCCGCUGCCCGGCGCCCGGGCUCAGAGCGCCGCAGGUGGCUGUUCCUUUGAUGAGCACUACAGCAACUGUGGUUAUAGUGUGGCUCUAGGGACCAAUGGGUUCACCUGGGAGCAGAUUAACACAUGGGAGAAACCAAUGCUGGACCAGGCGGUGCCCACAGGAUCUUUCAUGAUGGUGAACAGCUCUGGGAGAGCCUCUGGCCAGAAGGCCCACCUUCUCCUGCCAACCCUGAAGGAGAAUGACACCCACUGCAUCGACUUCCAUUACUACUUCUCCAGCCGUGACAGGUCCAGCCCGGGGGCCUUGAACGUCUACGUGAAGGUGAAUGGUGGCCCCCAAGGGAACCCUGUCUGGAAUGUGUCCGGGGUCGUCACUGAGGGCUGGGUGAAGGCAGAGCUCGCCAUCAGCACUUUCUGGCCACAUUUCUAUCAGGUGAUAUUUGAAUCCGUCUCGUUGAAGGGUCAUCCUGGCUACAUCGCUGUGGACGAGGUCCGGGUCCUUGCUCAUCCAUGCAGAAAAGCACCUCAUUUUCUGCGACUCCAAAACGUGGAGGUGAAUGUGGGGCAGAAUGCCACAUUUCAGUGCAUUGCUGGUGGGAAGUGGUCUCAGCAUGACAAGCUUUGGCUCCAGCAAUGGAAUGGCAGGGACACGGCCCUGAUGGUCACCCGUGUGGUCAACCACAGGCGCUUCUCUGCCACGGUCAGUGUGGCAGACACUGCCCAGCGGAGCGUCAGCAAGUACCGCUGUGUGAUCCGCUCUGACGGUGGGUCUGGUGUAUCCAACUAUGCGGAACUGAUCGUGAAAGAGCCUCCCACGCCCAUUGCUCCCCCAGAGCUACUGGCUGUGGGGGCCACAUACCUGUGGAUCAAGCCAAAUGCCAACUCCAUCAUUGGGGAUGGCCCCAUCAUCCUGAAGGAAGUGGAAUAUCGUACCACCACAGGCACGUGGGCAGAGACCCACAUAGUCGACUCUCCCAACUAUAAGCUGUGGCAUCUGGACCCUGAUGUUGAGUAUGAGAUCCGAGUGCUCCUCACACGACCAGGUGAGGGGGGUACGGGACCGCCAGGGCCUCCCCUCACCACCAGGACCAAGUGUGCAGAUCCAGUGCAUGGCCCACAGAAUGUGGAAAUCGUAGACAUCAGAGCCCGGCAGCUGACCCUGCAGUGGGAGCCCUUUGGCUACGCGGUGACCCGCUGCCAUAGCUACAACCUCACCGUGCAGUACCAGUAUGUGUUCAACCAGCAGCAGUACGAGGCCGAGGAGGUCAUCCAGACCUCCUCCCACUACACCCUGCGAGGCCUGCGCCCCUUCAUGACCAUCCGGCUGCGACUCCUGCUGUCUAACCCCGAGGGCCGAAUGGAGAGCGAGGAGCUGGUGGUGCAGACUGAGGAAGACGUUCCAGGAGCUGUUCCUCUAGAAUCCAUCCAAGGGGGGCCCUUUGAGGAGAAGAUCUACAUCCAGUGGAAGCCUCCCAAUGAGACCAAUGGGGUCAUCACGCUCUACGAGAUCAACUACAAGGCUGUUGGCUCGCUGGACCCAAGUGCUGACCUCUCAAGCCAGAGGGGGAAAGUGUUCAAGCUCCGGAAUGAAACCCACCACCUCUUUGUGGGUCUCUACCCAGGGACCACCUAUUCCUUCACCAUCAAGGCCAGCACAGCAAAGGGCUUUGGGCCCCCUGUCACCACUCGGAUCGCCACCAAAAUUUCAGCUCCAUCCAUGCCUGAGUACGACACAGACACCCCAUUGAAUGAGACAGACACGACCAUCACAGUAAUGCUGAAACCUGCUCAGUCCCGGGGAGCUCCUGUCAGUGUUUAUCAGCUGGUUGUCAAGGAGGAGCGACUUCAGAAGUCACGGAGGGCAGCUGACAUUAUUGAGUGCUUUUCGGUGCCUGUGAGCUAUCGGAAUGCCUCCAGCCUCGAUUCUCUACACUACUUUGCUGCUGAGUUGAAGCCUGCCAACCUGCCUGUCACCCAGCCAUUUACAGUGGGUGACAAUAAGACAUACAAUGGCUACUGGAACCCUCCUCUCUCUCCCCUGAAAAGCUACAGCAUCUACUUCCAGGCACUCAGCAAAGCCAAUGGAGAGACCAAAAUCAACUGUGUUCGUCUGGCUACAAAAGGUGCCUCCACCCAGAAUUCUAACACUGUGGAGCCAGAGAAGCAGGUGGACAACACCGUGAAGAUGGCUGGCGUGAUCGCUGGCCUCCUCAUGUUCAUCAUCAUUCUCCUGGGCGUGAUGCUCACCAUCAAAAGGAGAAGAAAUGCUUAUUCCUACUCCUAUUACUUGAAGCUGGCCAAGAAGCAGAAGGAGACCCAGAGUGGAGCCCAGAGGGAAAUGGGGCCUGUGGCCUCUGCCGACAAACCCACCACCAAGCUCAGCGCUAGCCGCAAUGAUGAAGGCUUCUCUUCUAGUUCUCAGGACAUCAAUGGAUUCAAUGGCAGCCGCGGGGAGCUUUCCCAGCCCACCCUCACGAUCCAGACUCAUCCCUACCGCACCUGUGACCCUGUGGAGAUGAGCUACCCCCGGGACCAGUUCCAGCCCGCCAUCCGGGUGGCUGACUUGCUGCAGCACAUCACGCAGAUGAAGAGAGGCCAGGGCUACGGGUUCAAGGAGGAAUACGAGGCCUUACCAGAGGGGCAGACAGCUUCGUGGGACACAGCCAAGGAGGAUGAAAACCGCAAUAAGAAUCGAUAUGGGAACAUCAUAUCCUACGACCAUUCCCGGGUGAGGCUGUUGGUGCUGGAUGGAGACCCACACUCUGACUACAUCAAUGCCAACUACAUUGACGGAUACCAUCGACCUCGGCACUACAUCGCGACUCAAGGUCCGAUGCAGGAGACUGUAAAGGACUUUUGGAGAAUGAUCUGGCAGGAGAACUCCGCCAGCAUCGUCAUGGUCACAAACCUGGUGGAAGUGGGCAGGCACCCAGCGGAACACACUGUGGGAAAUGCCACUCUAGGCCGUGCAGCGUCCCCCGGAAUGGUGAAAUGUGUGCGAUACUGGCCAGAUGACACGGAGGUCUAUGGAGACAUUAAAGUCACCCUGAUUGAAACAGAGCCCCUGGCAGAAUACGUCAUACGCACCUUCACAGUCCAGAAGAAAGGCUACCAUGAGAUCCGGGAGCUCCGCCUCUUCCACUUCACCAGCUGGCCUGACCACGGCGUUCCCUGCUACGCCACUGGCCUUCUGGGCUUCGUCCGCCAGGUCAAGUUCCUCAACCCCCCAGAAGCCGGGCCCAUAGUGGUCCACUGCAGUGCUGGGGCUGGGCGGACUGGCUGCUUCAUUGCCAUUGACACCAUGCUUGACAUGGCCGAGAAUGAAGGGGUGGUGGACAUCUUCAACUGCGUGCGUGAGCUCCGGGCCCAAAGGGUCAACCUGGUACAGACAGAGGAGCAAUAUGUGUUUGUGCACGAUGCCAUCCUGGAAGCAUGCCUCUGUGGCAACACUGCCAUCCCUGUGUGUGAGUUCCGUUCUCUCUACUACAAUAUCAGCAGGCUGGACCCCCAGACGAACUCCAGCCAAAUCAAAGAUGAAUUUCAGACCCUCAACAUUGUGACACCGCGUGUGCGGCCCGAGGACUGCAGCAUUGGGCUCCUGCCCCGGAACCAUGAUAAGAAUCGAAGCAUGGAUGUGCUGCCUCUGGACCGCUGCCUGCCCUUCCUCAUCUCAGUGGACGGAGAAUCCAGCAAUUACAUCAACGCAGCACUGAUGGAUAGCCACAAGCAGCCUGCUGCCUUCGUGGUCACCCAGCACCCUCUACCCAACACCGUGGCAGACUUCUGGAGGCUGGUGUUCGAUUACAACUGCUCCUCUGUGGUGAUGCUGAAUGAGAUGGACACUGCCCAGUUCUGUAUGCAGUACUGGCCUGAGAAGACCUCUGGGUGCUAUGGGCCCAUCCAGGUGGAGUUCGUCUCCGCAGACAUCGAUGAGGACAUCAUCCACAGAAUAUUCCGCAUCUGUAACAUGGCCCGGCCACAGGAUGGUUAUCGUAUAGUCCAGCACCUCCAGUACAUUGGCUGGCCUGCCUACCGGGACACGCCCCCCUCCAAGCGCUCUCUGCUCAAAGUGGUCCGACGACUGGAGAAGUGGCAGGAGCAGUAUGACGGGAGGGAGGGACGUACUGUGGUCCACUGCCUAAAUGGGGGCGGCCGUAGUGGAACCUUCUGUGCCAUCUGCAGUGUGUGUGAGAUGAUCCAGCAGCAAAACAUCAUUGACGUGUUCCACAUCGUGAAAACACUGCGUAACAACAAAUCCAACAUGGUGGAGACCCUGGAACAGUAUAAAUUUGUAUACGAAGUGGCACUGGAAUAUUUAAGCUCCUUUUAGCUCAAUGGGAUGGGGAACCUGCCAGAGUCCAGA